AUGGUCAGAUGGCGUCGCUAUGCAAGUUCGACAUUUGAAAUGCAGCACUGCGAAAAGUAUUCUGAAUGUUCUUCUUCUGGAAAAUGCUUUUCAGCUACGCUUUUUCCUUCACCUCUUUCUCAUUCUUCAUUGUUUUAUUUGCCAAACUUUUGUAAGUUCCAGAUUUUUCCUAUCUUUUGAAUAAAUCACGUUAUUAUAGACUUUUCAUUGAUUUUAAUAAACGUGUAUAUAACCAUGUUCCCGGCGAGUGCACAGUCAUUCCUAACCUCCCAGGGGCCAAUGGCUUUGAUUCUACGAUUGAUGGCACUUUCUUUCUCGCUGUGGUUUGGUUUUCGAAAAAUGAACAGCGCGUUGAAUAUUUUCCCAGAACCCGAUGGAAAACAGGACGUACGGCCAUCUUUUCACGUUUAACGCUGACAAUAAAACCGCGAUGGAAAUCACCAGUAGCAAUUUAAAAAUGACGCCGACGGCAAUCAGUAUAUCUCCUUCCAAACGAAAUGUUAAUAGUUUCUUACUAUCAAUUAAUAUUAAAGCUUGAUUCAGACGAAAGUUUUUUUGAAAAAUAGUGAGACUGAAAAAAGUACGAUCGAAGUACUGAACUUUGAUGAGCCGAAUCGAAAGCUUCAACAUAUUAGAACCAUUAAUCACCCAAUAAUAGAUAGGUAUGUGGCGUAAUCUCACAUGGGCAUCUCAGGGAAAAAAAAAAACAAAAUUGAAGUGUCUACGACGUUGCUGCCGUGUCCUCGACUACAUUUUUCGCCAGCGUCACAACUUUGAGAGGGAGAAUGGUUGUCAUUGAAAGGUAAACGAGCAAAGGAAGUUUCCAGUCAAAAAUUUGAAAAAAAUUUCAGAAUGGUGCAAGUUUCCAUGGGAUCCAUAGUUUUUCACGACGGAAAAUCUUUCAAAACAGUGGUUCCAUCGAUUUCCGCUCCUACAGGGCUUGUCUUCGACAGUUUCAGAAAGUUAAAAAAUUAUUUUGGAACUUUUUUCAACAAAACUUUUAACAAAAAGUUCAGAGUUUUACUUGUUGGAUUAUUUGCCAGAAAUUCAAUAGCUGUAUAUUUUGUACGAGGCAAAUCUGUGGAAUACUCUCACGUAGGUGCCAUACCUAGAAGAAUUUCAAAGUAACUUGUUUCAGGAAGUAGAAGUUGGUUGUUCACCCACGUCGUUAUGGAAAGAUAUAGACGGAUCUUUGAUCAUCACCUGCCAACCAGUUCGUUGGAGGUUUCCAGGAAGUUGAUGAAAAAUUUGAAUGAUAUCAAAUAUUUUGAAUAAUUAUCAAUCCGCCGAUUCCUUAAAAAAAUAUUUUGAAGAAUUUUGAAUCAAUCUAUCACUGUUACUUACUAGGGAACUACUCGGACUCGGGUACCCGUUUCGAAUUGAAACUUUGGUGGCUUAUAGACCCAGGUCAGAAUACUUGAAAACAAGAGAGAUUAGCUGCUAAACCUCAUAUGCUUCUGAGAAAAAGCUGUUUGAAAAUGAACAGUUUAGGCUUGAAAAUUAUCAAAUUAUUGCUUUUCUCCUUCUUUUGUCUGAAAAAAAGUUUUUUAGAGUUUAUCAUAGCCGGCUCAUUCAAGGCGAUUGUAUUAAAAUAUAAAAUAAGGUAAAAAGCAAUAUUCUAAAAAUUUUCAAGCCUAAUUUUCACAUUUUCUGCAAAUUGUUCUCUAUUGGGUUUAGCAGAUAUUCUCACUUGUUUUCAAGUAUUCUUACUUAGGUCUAUAAACCACUAAAGUUUGAACUCGAUCCGCGUGUCCGAGUUUGAGUAGUUCCCUAAUUAUUUAUUUCUGAUUCAGAUACUUGUUACCAUUGCUUACUGCUGCUCCCAGCUCUCCUUCUCAGGUUCUCAGCGUGAAGAUUCCACUGGACCCCAAUAAAUCAGCGUGA